GCUGUGGGUCCAUUUAAACAGUCGAAUCCUCACAACAGCGUUCUUGCGUGCAUUGUGCUCGUUGAUAACAAAUAGUUUGGAUUUGAUUUGGGUUUUUAUAUAAAGUGCUGUCCGUGGUGUGAUUAAAGGGUCCUAUCUCAGGAUGGGGUUUUGGUUACUCAUGCUAUGGGUGUCAAGUAUGCAGUAUGGUCAGGUUGAGGCUUUCUUUGAAUGGCUGAAGAAAGCCGAACCAGGUCCUCCCCCAAAACAACCCGUCGCCCCCGUCGCGGCGCAAGGUGAUGUGCCAGCCUUUGAGAUGAGUGUUGCAGAUGAGACGUUUCUAGCUGAAGCCAAGCAGAUGGAACUGAGUCCUCUGGACAGCUGCCAUUUCCGGGUUGUUGCUCAGCUCAAAGCUAUCUGUAGUGGCCUGUCUGAGGAGCAGCUGGCCAAACUGGGCGUGGCCUUGUUUAACUGCCAGUCAGAGGUGGAGGGACGUAGGACGUACCCCUGCACUGAAGAAAUGACUAUUAAAGAGUGCACUGCUGAUAUGGAUUCGGACACAUGGAACGCGUAUCACAUCGUCAGCAACAGAGCGCGCUCUGUGUGUUAUGCCACACGCCAGCAACACUUCCGCAGACGGGCUGAACUCACAGUCAACGCCCUGAUCUCCACAGCAACCAGUCAGCUGGACGCCAUGAACGAUCUAAAGGAGGGACAGAAGGAGUUGAGGGAGAUGACCGCUGCGUCUCUUGACAAACUGCUGGAGGGUCACGGCACCCUUCAGCUUCAGCAGCAUUUACUGAAGGAGGGUCAAGAUCAGCUGGACUCCUCCAUCUCUGACAAUCUACAGCGACUGGCGCAGGAGAAAGCUCUCAUCAGCACCGGACAACAGCUGGUGGCACAGCUCAUUCAGGGCAUUGCACAGAGGAUGGAGAAUGUAAGCGGUCAGCUCAAGGACCAGGCCUCAGAUGUGGAGGAGGGGCAUCAGGCUAUUCUGAGUGACCUGGCUGUGGUACGAGGAAAUGCUCAAGAUAUCUUCCAAAAAAUGGAGCUCAAUCUGAAGGGUUUCCUGCAACACCAGAACAUUACGUCUCAGUUUUACUCUGAGCUCAUCCAUAAACUGGAGCGCAUGAAUGGAACUCUGGGUUACAUGUUGAUGUAUCUAGACAAUAUGCAGAACCGUCUGGAGGACCGACUGCACAUCAUCCAGGGCUACCUUGGGUGGGCAGGCCUAAGUCUGCGUGCUCUGUGGACAUGCACAAUGCAUGCUGGGUAUUUCCUGUUGUCUGCUGUCCUGUUGUCAUUCCUACAGUGUGCAACGUUCUCUCGCAUUUCUCUGCUUUUCACUGUGCCAAUCAAUGCCAUCGCUGAGAUCAAUCAGCAAUCAUCUCUGGACCUGGUGUCGCUCACUUUGCUGCUGUUCACACUUUCACUAGGUCGUUGGGUUUUGCUGCAAGUGAUGUGGUCUCUGUCUAAAAUAAAGGGCCAGGCUUGCAGCUCUAACCCUCUCCCUUUAGGACCCCCUACAGAGAAGACCCCUGACAAAGGAUGCCCAUCCAACAAGCCCUGCCCAGCUUCAUCUUUUACCCCAGUCCAAAAUGAUCUCGACUGUGAUUUGGAGGUGGAGAGCUUCUUGAUGGCUCAUCCAUGUAUAUUGGCCCCGCCCCCAGCUUGUAGCCCACCAAACUUUAGUCAUCACAAUGUUGGCACACCCAAUCAUUCCACCCCCCGUCUAAAGAAUCGCCACAGCAUUGGAGGAUUGGUGCUGGAGAAUGUUCCUCAAAGAAACCUGGGAGGCCUCAUGAACCAGUCACGGCGCUCCAGCCCCAAUCAUUCACUUGCCAGCAACAGUUCAUUUUCUGGCCGUCCUCUGUGCAGCGGUACCACCCGUUUAGGUCAGCCGUGUAAGAAUAAGGCCCUUGUUGGUCAGGACUUCUGUAGGAUACAUGAAGGUGGCCACACGUCCUACAGCCGACUCUGAAUUAAUUUCUUUUUUCAAAGUGAUUGGCUUGUAAACUUGUUGAAGCAUCGACUGUGGAAGCAUUCUGUUCUUUUUAACUGUUUAAUCUUGGAGAUUUUUUUAAUCGUUUCUUUUUUGGAGGUCUUGUUUCUUUCAGUGCUGUUUUUAAAUGUUUCAAUCUCUUAUAGUGUACAUUUUAUUUAUAAUAAAUUCUGACACUAAUAUAAAUCACUUGACUGA